CAGAACCGGAGGCUGGCGGCUGGCCCAAGCAACGAGGUCAAACAUGAGGAACGGGGCCCACACAGCAGCAUUCUCCUUUUCCUCCAUGGGCUGAAAAACACGCUAGUGGCAAACGUGCAAAAGGAGCCGAUUAGGAUGUGAAUGCGUCCAUAGCGCCUCACCUUAGCCAUUUUCUUCGAGGCAACGGCAGGCAGCUUCUUCCUCCUCCAUGCUGCUCUGCGCCACGAACCCAUCGCCCAUGGUGGUUCCCUAGGCAAUCAGGGUCCGAGUAGCGCAAAAGCAGCCCUGCGUUAGCCGAGUUUCAUGAGAGGGAACCAUGCAGCCGCUCAGCUCAUCAUGCCGUAGCAGCAGCAGCAGAUACACCACCAAAUCAUCCACGCCGUUCGCCGGCCUUGUUGCUGUCGCCCUUCUGCUCUGCUUCGUCUCGCCAACCAGCUCCUGCACGGAGCAGGAGAGGAGCGCCCUCCUCGGCUUCCUGGGCGGGCUCGUGCCGGGCGGCAGCGGCAGUCUCAACGUGUCGUGGGUGAACGGCACGGACUGCUGCCAAUGGGAAGGCGUCCUCUGCAGCGGCGACGGCACGGUCACAGAUGUCUUUGUGGCUUCCAGAGGUCUCAGAGGGCUCGUCUCGCCAUCCCUCGGCGAUCUUGCUGGCCUCAAGCGCCUCAACCUGUCCCAUAAUUCGCUUGAAGGCAGUCUACCGGCAGAAUUGGUGUUCUCCAGAAGCAUUACUGUCCUCGACGUCAGCUUCAACCACCUCGAUGGUCAUCUGCAAGAGCUGCAAGCCUCAGAUACCAACCUUCCUCUGCAGGUGCUGAAUAUCUCAAGCAAUUUGUUUGGAGGCCAGUUUCCAUCAACAACAUGGGGGGCGAUGAGGAAUCUGGUUGCCCUUAAUGCGAGCAACAACACCUUCACAGGACAAAUACCAUCUUCUCUCUGCACCAACGCCCCCUUAUUUGACAUGCUUGACCUUUGUUUCAACCAAUUCAGUGGCAACAUUCCCCCAGGGCUUGGCAGUUGCUCCAUGCUGAAAGUGCUCAAGGUUGGACACAAUAACCUCAGCGGAGCUCUCCCGCCGGAACUCUUCAAUGCUACCUCACUGGAGCAGCUCUCCUUACCCAACAAUUUCUUGCAAGGAGUUAUUGAUGGCUCCCACAUAGCAAAACUAAGCAAUCUGACUGUCCUUAAUCUUGGAUCGACUGGCCUCAGUGGCAAGAUUCCGGAUUCUGUCGGCCAGUUAACAAGAUUGGAGCAACUCUACUUGGACAACAACAAGAUGUCUGGUGAGCUGCCACCGGCCCUAGGUAACUGCUCAAAUCUCAGAUACAUUACCAUCAGAAACAACAGUUUUACCGGGGAACUUAGCAAAGUCAACUUCACCAUGUUGGAUCUGAGGACAGCUGAUUUUUCAUUGAACAACUUCACUGGUACAAUUCCUGAAAGUAUCUACUCAUGCACCAACCUAGUUGCGUUACGUCUGGCUUUCAAUCAAUUCCAUGGCCAGUUCUCACCAAGCAUUGGAAAUCUCAGGUCCCUCUCCUUCUUUUCAAUCACCGGCAACUCUUUUACAAAUAUCACAAAUGCACUUCAGAUGCUCAAGAGCUGCAAGAAUCUCACCUCCCUGCUUAUUGGAACCAACUUCAAGGGUGAAACCAUACCACAGGAUGAAACAAUUGAUGGUUUUGAGAAGCUUCAGGUACUCACCAUAGAUGAUUGCCCAUUGGUUGGGCAAAUCCCGCUUUGGAUAUCAAAGCUUGAAAAAUUGGAGAUGCUAGACCUGUCAAUGAAUCAACUCACUGGACCGAUACCAUCCUGGAUUGAUGGGCUGGGCUUCCUGUUCUUUCUAGAUAUAUCAAGCAACAAACUUACAGGGGAUAUACCAGCUGCAUUGACAAAGAUGCCGAUGUUACUAUCAGAGAAAAAUGCUGCUAAGCUGGACCCAAAGUUCCUUGAGUUGCCUGUAUUUUGGACACCAUUACGUCAAUACCGGAUGGUCAGUGCUUUUCCCAACAAAUUGUGUCUGGACAACAAUAAUUUCACUGGUGUGAUUCCCCCUGAGAUUGGUCAGCUAAAAAUGCUUGACAUCCUUAAUUUAAGCUCCAACAGCUUAACUGGUGGAAUACCACAAGAAAUCUGCAACCUCACAAACCUGCAAACACUCGAUCUGUCGAACAACCAGCUCACAGGUGCAAUACCAUCUGCACUGAAUGGUCUGCACUUCCUUUCCAAAUUUGAUGUUUCCAACAACAAGCUAGAAGGGAAAGUUCCAAGUGGAGGACAGUUUGAUUCUUUUUCAAAUUCUAGCUACAGUGGGAAUCCAAAGCUAUGUGGCCCUAUGAUCAAUAAUGACUGCAACUCAACAUCAUCUUCAGCGUCCCCAAGACGGUGGAACAAGAAGAACAUUACUGCCGUUGGAUUAGGUGUGUUCUUCGGAGGGCUUGCCAUUCUGUUCUUGCUGGGACGUCUGCUUAUGGCCCUCAGAAGAACAAACUCUGUCCACCAAAACAAGGGUAGCAGCAAUGGCGACAUAGAGGCAAGUUCAUUUACUUCUGCAUCAGAUGACUUGUGCAAUGUGACGAAAGGAAGCAUUUUGGUGAUGGUACCUCAAGGCAAGGGAGAAUCAGGCAAAAUCACCUUCCAUGAUAUCUUAAAGGCCACAAAUAACUUUGACCAGCAGAACAUCAUCGGCUGCGGAGGUAAUGGUCUAGUUUACAAGGCAGAGCUGCCGAAUGGACCCAAGCUUGCCAUCAAGAAGCUCAACGGCGAAAUGUGUCUCAUGGAAAGAGAAUUCACCGCAGAGGUUGACGCACUCACCGUGGCGAAACAUGACAACCUUGUGCCUCUAUGGGGCUACUACAUCCAGGGAAACUCGAGGCUCCUCAUAUAUUCUUACAUGGAGAAUGGUAGCCUGGAUGAUUGGCUUCACAACAGGGACAAUGGCAACACAUUGCUUGACUGGCCAACAAGGCUAGAGAUUGCACAAGGAGCAAGCCGGGGCCUUUUUUACAUCCACAAUAUCUGCAAGCCACACAUUGUACAUCGUGAUAUCAAGUCCAGCAACAUCCUUCUUGACAGAGAUUUCAAAGCUUAUGUUGCAGAUUUCGGGCUUGCCAGAUUGAUCCGUCCCUAUGACACACAUGUCACAACUGAGCUGGUCGGCACUCUGGGUUAUAUUCCUCCCGAGUACGGGCACGCAUGGGUGGCCACACUGAGGGGAGACAUAUACAGUUUUGGAGUGGUGUUGCUUGAGCUGCUCACAGGGAAAAGGCCCGUCGAGGUCCUGUCCAAGUCGAAGGAACUUGUCCAGUGGGUACGGGAGAUGACGUCCCAGGGAAAGCAUACUGAAGUCUUGGAUCCAGCGCUGAGAGAACAAGGGCAUGAAGAGCAAAUGCUGAAGGUGUUUGAAGUUGCUUGCAAGUGUAUCAACCAUAAUCCGUGCCUGAGGCCAAGCAUCCAAGAGGUGGUAUCCUGCCUGGAAAAUGCAGAUGUGAACCUGCAGGUGGAAAUGUAGUUAAAAGUAGAACAGAAACAGGUGGUAAUCUUGUGCUUUGCUAGACUAGGUGUAAUCUGAGUAGAAGGAUUGUUUUCUAACAGAUUGUACAGUCGUGUGUGUACAGUACAUCUCUGUACAAAAAAAAGGCUUGUAGUUGUGAGCCCAUAUAUUCAAUUUUGCCUCUUUUUGUGUGUGGAAA